AUGCAAAAGAAAUGUGGUACUUUAACAUAUAUGGCUCCAGAGUUAUUAUUAAAAAAAGUGUAUAAUAAAAAUGUAGAUGUGUGGAGUGUAGGAGUUAUAUUAUAUCAAUUGCUAAAUAAGGGUUAACAUACAUAUUUUAUAAAUAGUUAAAAUUAAGAAUAAUAAAAAUAUGGAAAAAAUUCAUACAAUAGAUAACUUUCAAAAAAUGGAUCGAUAUCUUUGUUCUAAAGAAUGACUGAAUUUGAUUCCACUAAAAGAUAUAGUGCUUUUUAAGCUUUGCUUCAUCCUUGGAUAGAUGAGAAAAGGUAGGUGAUUCCAUAAAAUUUCACUGAAAUGUUUGACCUUUGGCUUUUGACAUAGAAGUCCAUACUUUUUAUAUAAGGUUUGAUGAUUAUUAUACAUCUCAAGAAUAAUGUCAAAAUAUCAAUAUAAAAAUAUCAUACUUUAUCUGACAAUUAAUCAAAAUUUACUAAAACUGAUGUAAGUGAUGAUAAUUAGGAUUCUUCCCCUUACUAUUAAACUUCAAAUUUAUUAAACUUCUUAAAAUAAGACAAAAAAAUUUAGAAAUCAAAGUAGAGUGACUAUUCUUCUACCAAUAUUUCUCCUAUAAUGAUCAAAAGCAUAGAAAGAUAAGAAAAUAACAAUGGAGAUUAAUUGUUCCUGCAUAAUCUAUUACCAGAUCUAAAAAUUGCAAAAGAAUAUCCUGAAAGAAGCUAAAAGGUUCAAAUAAAAAGAUUAGAUAGUUCCUUAUCUCAAAAUACGAAAAAUAGUAGUAGUAGUAGCAUUAGCCCAUAAAAAUGCUGUGGCAAUAAAUAAAUGAAAUUUUUACUUAAGCCUUUGCCGACAUAAAAUGAUCUUCAGAAAGAAACCUAAACUGUAGAUUUAUACAAAAUAUAGUAUACAAAAAAUUAACUUAAGCAAAAGUAAUCUCGAUAUAAAUAGAGUGGAAUCCUUGAAAGCGAUUCACAAGGAUUGAGUCCUUUCCAUACGAAACCAGUAUCUUUUCAUUAGAGCAGGACUACAAAAUAUAAAACAGAAGCCUAAUAUAGACAGAAAAGAAUUUAGUGCACUAUUGAUUAGAAGAAACAAGACAACAAUCUAAAUUAUUUUAAAAAAUAGUAAUUUAGUUAAUUCUGA